GUUAGCGACUUCCGCGUGCUUGUCGUCAAUUCAAAGACAGAAUUCCGAGAUUGUAUUGGAAACUGAUUGGGAAAUAUUUACAGCAGACGAUUAACGCGCACAACUGUGAACAAACUGGAUGGACGGACCGUGCUUAAACAGUCAAUAAAUCAUGGUCGUGAGACACAAACGGGAGGAAUAUUGGACUUAAGUCUUAUUGCUGGAAUUUUAUUGGCAGAUGCUAUCUCAAAUUACGGAGAAGUUACAAUAUGUGAAAUAUGCGUUGAGAUUUUUUUUUCAAAUAUUCAUACGAAACGAAGGACAAAAACUUUUCUGCCCUUAAGAAAAUGCUUGAAAUAAUUCAUGAAAUCUGGAAUUUUAUUUCGUGAGGGAUAUUAAUUUCUAGCGAACAGAAGGGUUCUCAGUAUUCAAAACGAGAAAAUAAAAAUAGUAAUCAUAAUAAUAAUAAUAAUAAUAAAAGUGAAAUAGAAAAAAAGAGAGCAUUUAUACUUUAGCGGAGAAAUUAAGAAAAAGUUUCCGUGAUAAAUUGUUUGAGUAGUGGGAUAGAGGUCACAAAAAUAUGACUUUUUUAGAUGCGUCGACAAGCAAGGUGAAAAAAGUAAAAGAGUAUGUGGCAAGUUGUCGAGGUUCCCGGAAGUUGAUCCUAUUUAUAGUUUUUAUAGCGAUAUUUCUAGAUAAUAUGCUGCUUACAACUGUAGUGCCUAUAGUACCGAACUUUAUCCUUAAGUUGGAACAACAGUCUGAACCUAAACGCAAUGUCACGGAAAUAGACAUAGUUUGUGAAGAUAGAACUAUUCUCAAUGACGAUCAAGUCAUUGGCUUUAAUAUUAGUGAUAUACAAUUUACUACCAAAAAUCCCAAAGAAUGUAAAAGUGAAAGAAACGAAACUGCCGAAAAGAUACUUAAAAAGGAAGCGAAGGAAGAGGAAUACGCGGAAUAUGGGGACGCCAACGUUAAAGCAGGUAUCAUGUUCGGAUCUAAAGCCCUUGUACAGAUGCUGUUCAAUCCAUUUGUUGGACCCAUUACGAACAGGAUCGGCUAUACUAUACCGAUGUUUACCGGCUUCGUUAUAAUGAUGACAUCAACAGUAAUAUUUGCUUUUGGAGAAACCUAUGCAGUUUUAUUUGUUGCCAGAGCAUUCCAGGGCAUUGGCUCCGCUUGCUCAAGUGUUGCAGGAAUGGGGAUGUUAGCUUGCCGGUAUACCGACGACGACGAGAGAGGGCGGGCAAUGGGUAUCGCCCUAGGUGGACUUGCCCUCGGUGUACUCAUUGGUCCGCCGUUCGGUGGAGUGAUGUACCAGUUUGCCGGCAAAGAGGCGCCGUUUCUUAUCCUUGCUGCUUUGGCCCUCUUUGACGGAGCAUUACAAAUGUUUGUACUACAGCCGACCGUCCAGCCGGAAUCCCAGGAGGGAACAUCCUACAUUACUCUACUUAAAGAUCCAUAUAUACUGAUAGCAGCAGGUUCUAUAACUUUUGCGAACAUGGGAAUUGCCAUGAUGGAACCAUCUUUACCCAUAUGGAUGAAUAAAGUGAUGGGCGCCGAAGAAUGGGAGCAAGGUUUAGCUUUCCUUCCAGCCAGCAUAUCGUACUUGUUGGGUACUAAUAUAUUUGGGCCUGUAGCUUCCAAAAUAGGACGCUGGUUAUCAACUAUGCUUGGAAUGAUAGUUAUAUCAAUAUGUCUAUUUGCGACACCAUUCUGCAGAACUACUGCACUUUUAAUUGCUCCCAUGUUUGGACUGGGGUUUUCAAUAGGUAUGGUCGACGCAUCAAUGAUGCCACAUAUGGGUUACCUUGUAGAUUUACGUCACGUGUCCGUGUACGGGAAUGUGUAUGCUAUAGCUGAUAUAGCUUUUGCCAUGGGGUUUGCAGUAGGGCCUAUGAUGAGUGGUACGAUAGUAAAAGCAAUUGGAUUUAGUUGGAUGUUGUGGAUCAUAGCAAUUGCAAGUUUUAUCUACACCCCACUUAUAGUGCUAUUGAGGAAUCCGCCUGGAAAGGAAGAAAAAAUGUCGCUGAUCAUGAAUGAACAGUGUCCGGUGCAGUACGUGACAUAUAACCAAACACAGACCAGUAAUCUGGUUUCAGAGGACGAGGACGGCUACUACAAAUAACAUUAGAUAUUUUCCGUGCCAGAACGUAAACGAACAUAAGAUUGGCAUGCCAAUUUUCCACGUGCAAUUGUUAUAUAAUGAAUAUAUAAAUAUAAUGACAUGUG